UGUGCCCCCCUUCACCCCUGCCCUGGCCCCGGGGCCGGUUCCAGAGGAAGAAAAGGCUCCCGAUGGAUGCCUGGGGAGGGGCUCUGGGGAGAUGAGCUGAGGUGGAAAAAGGCUGGGGAAGGGGAGCGAGGAGGGGAGAGCGGCGAGGGGUGGCCUCGGGGGCAGCUCAGGCCAUCUGCCCUUGUCAUCUCCCUUGUCAUCCCCUCCUCAUCUCCCUUCAUCUGCCUUCGUUUCCCCUUCUUAUCUCCUCUUGCCUCCUGACUUCAUCUCCCAUCAUCUUCUCUUGUUUCCCCUCGUCAUCUCCCCUCAUUCCCCCUUGUCUCUUCCCGUGGUCUUCCCUUAUCAUCUCUCCUUGCUUCCCCUCUUCGUAUCCCUCAUCAUCUCCCCUCAUCUCCUCUCAUCAUUUCCCCUCACUCCCCACCCUUGGCAUCCCCCCUCAUCUCUCCGUGUCUCAUCUCAUGUCCCCCUGUCAUCUCUCCUCACCAUCUCCCGAGGUUUCUCAUCGGCUCCCAGCACGGUGCGGGCAGCGGAGCCGGCCUCCAGCCCACAGCAGGCUCUCCCGGCUGCGGAGGGGAAGGGGGAGCGUGACCCACUUUCCUUCGGGUCCGGCCUCGCCGGCGCGGUGCCCGCGGGCGGGUGGCUCUGGCCGGCCGGGAGCAGUGCAGCAGCUCGGGGACGGCGCAGCCAUGAGCGCGGGGUCGGUGGAGCAGGAGCCGUCGCGCAAGCUGGCCUGCUGCGGGGUGCCCCUCAUCACUGAGGACAUGCAGUCCCUGGCCAUCCGCACCCUCUCGGGCACCGACAUCAGCAAGCACUACGACCUCAUCCGUGAGCUGGGCAAGGGCACCUACGGCAAGGUGGACCUGGUGUCCCACAAAAGCACAGGCACCAAGAUGGCCCUGAAGUUCGUCAACAAGAGCAAGACAAAGCUGAAGAACUUCCUGCGGGAGUUCAGCAUCACCAACACGCUCUCCUCCAGCCCCUUCAUCAUCAAGGUCUUCGACGUGGUCUUCGAGACCGAGGACUGCUACGUCUUUGCUCAGGAGUACGCCCCCGGCGGGGACCUCUUCGACAUCAUCCCGCCACAGGUGGGGCUCCCCGAGGAGCUGGUGAAGCGCUGCGUGCAGCAGCUGGGCCUGGCCCUCGACUACAUGCACAGCAAGAGCCUGGUGCACCGGGACAUCAAGCCCGAGAACGUGCUGCUGUUCGACCGCGACUGCCGCCGCGUCAAGCUGGCCGACUUCGGCAUGACGCGCAAGGUGGGCUGCCGGGUCAAGCGCAUCAGCGGCACCAUCCCGUACACCGCGCCCGAGGUCUGCCAGGCCGGCCGGGCCGAGGGCUUCGCCGUGGACACCAGCAUCGACGUCUGGGCCUUCGGGGUGCUCAUCUUCUGCGUCCUCACCGGCAACUUCCCCUGGGAGGCGGCGGCAGCCUCCGACGCCUUCUUCGAGGAGUUCGUGCGGUGGCAGAAGGGGCGGCUCGGGGGGCUGCCCUCCCAGUGGCGCCGCUUCACGGACAGCGCCCUGCGCAUGUUCCAGCGCCUGCUGGCUCUGGACCCCGAGAAGCGCUGCCCCGUCAAGGAGGUUUUCUACUUCAUCAAGUGCGACCUGAUGGCCGAGGUGCGCCGCCGGCCCUCCUACCGCUCCCGCAAGCACGCCGGGGACAAGCUGCCGGCGGGAGCGCACCGCCACGAGCCGGCCGGCUCCUGCACCCCCGCCCCGCUCAAGAGGACCGUCCUGACCGACGGCAGCGGCCCCCGCGGCCCCGAGCCCGGCGUGGCCUCCCCGGGCGCCGCCGGCAGGACAGACGGCCGGCAGGACAAAGGCAAAGGGCAGAUGGUCCUGGCCACAGCAAUAGAGAUCUGCGUCUGAUGGCCGCCCGGGGUCCCCC